AUGGCGGUGCAGUCCGCACAAUAUCCCGUCCUGGACCGACUCUUGACCAGGCCCACACUUGUCGGGUCCGGACAGAGUAUAAAACAUAAACGAGACGGCAGGGCCGUGCUGGGACACAGUCAGGACGGUACACCGUCAAAUUGGGCAGCACUGGACUUUUUAAUAUCUUUUCAAUGUUUAGGUGAUAGUUUUCUAGGAGCCACAUCCUCAUUCCAAACUCCAGGGUUCUCGAAUCCUGCUUCUUUCUUCACUUCCCCAGCAGGUCUCCAUCAGCUGUCUCCCUCCAGUGUAGACCUUGCUCCACCCCACUCUACCCUACAAUCCCCGCCCAUCUCUCUAUCCACACCUGUCCCACCACCGCACUCCCUCGUCACCCCUGCCCCACCGCCUCUCAAACCCUCAACACCUCUGCUUCCUUCAAAUAUUCCCCUUUUUACCCCCGGUAGUACCCCGGCGCCCCUGACCAGUGGAACUCUUCUAAAACGUCCUGUUUACGCUCCUGAUCCGUUUAUGAGCACUUCUGCAAUAAAGGUUGCGCCCCUCGGCGUCCUUGGAGGGGGUCUAGGGUCCCCUGGGGGUCUCCCACCUCAAUACACAACUCCAGGUAUUCUACCGAGUAGUCAGAGUUCUGUUAACCUUCAAACUAUCCCACCAGGUUCGACAGGAUCUGGUGGUCCAGGAUUGAACCCGUCCUACUCCAGUCCUAAUCUUCAGUCCAGCAACCCAUACGGAGCUGAAUCCGUCCCUGGACAAAACUUCAAGUCCGGAGCAGACUCCAAAUCGAAUGAGGUUCUACGGAGUGUAUACCUGUUGAAGGAACUCGGUAUGAUGUCCUUAUUCCUCAGAGAAUUAAACGCUCAGUGUAUUGGGCCGGAGAGGUUCUACGGAGUGUAUACCAUGUAUCCCUGGUUCUACGGAGUGUAUAUACCAUGUAUUUCAAGUUCUACGGAGUGUAUAUACCAUGUCCUAGGUUCUACGGAGUGUAUACCAUGUAUCCCAGGAAGAUGGGUUCCCUAUGAAGAAGAUGUUGCUGAAAGACUGGAAGCCGAGUUUAUGGACGCUCAAAGGUGA